AUGAUCAGUCUCGACAAGGCCAAAAUCUGGUAUUAUUUUGCGGACCUCCGGAAACAUAGAUCAGAAGUUUUGAGGCUUGAGCAGUUCUUGCCGAAGCUUUCAUCCACCUUUGAGGUCAACGAAAUCGAAAGGUUCACUGCAUGGAUGGGAAAACUUAGUGCGAUCACAACCAUUGCAACCGGAGCGCCUCCAUCAGAGCUCUUGCCUUACGUUUUAUGGGCAGAAAAAGCCAAAUGGGAACUUUCCACCUGUAUCGAGGCUCUGUUCUCUGCUCAGAGCAUACCAGUGCCCUCUUGGAUAUACAGUAUCUACAAGCUGGGGAGAUACGGCGUCGCAGCACUAGCGUUGUGUAAGCUUCCAGCAGAGUUCCCCGCCCUCUUUUGCCCGAUGCGAAUAGAACCUAUCCAGCCCAUCUCAAGGCUUGAAUUUUCUAUUGCAGAAGGCGAACGGCCUUUGAGAGAUGUUCUACGGAGAAUCGCUGGAGACCAAGAAGAGGAAUUCGCGAGGAGAUUGGCUACAAUCUGGUGUGUCACAGAUCCAGAGCCGCGCUUUCGGAAGGCCUGUCGUCUUGACCUCGCUGUUCAUGCUGAGAUGCAACUUAUCGGUUUUUACGACCAAAAUCCUGAGCUUAUGCCCUCGUUUCGGUUCAUGGGUGUCAGUAAGAAGAGUUGCUUCUUGUGUCAUAGAUUCCUCCAAGACCACCCGGUAUCCUUCUCUGUAUCUUCCUGCCACCAGAAGCUGUACUUGGCAUGGAGAUCCCCACCGACAUCCGACGCAAAAGCGUACAGGACAUACAAAAAGAUUGUCACCAAUUUGUGUGUUCAAAUGGAAGCAACAGCUAGACGAGAACUUCAGAGCCGGAUUGGCAGUGCCAGAGCUUUCCAGCUAGAUUCUACCGCCGGGGUGUCCUUAACAGGUCUCGUUGAUUACAGGCCCCUCAGUCCUGCAGAGUCUCUGGACGCAUCCGAUGCGCCUUUUCCGCCUGAUUCAUUACCAGAGCCUCCAUUAGAGCCAUCUGAGGACGGUUAUAGUGACGACCAUGCAGGCGUCUCCCUUGAGAUAGACCAAGAGACACCUCCCACAGAAAGUGAGGGAAAACGCCCCGGGCAGACAAUCAUAUUACCUUCACGAGCUUCUAGCGAUCAACACCCCACUGCAGAGUUCGUGUUCAAUGUCGAACGUGCUGACGACCCUCAGAGGCGAGAACUUGUGGUCCUGGAAGACAUCGUGGAUACGUCACAGAAGCCUUCCUGGCGAAAGCUGAUUGAGAUCUUAAGCAACGAUGAGCACUUCGGGGUGGGAUUUAUCGAAAAAGAGGAAUUUUUGAUUAUCAAUGAAAACCUAUGGGUUAGAGAUGAGCGCCAGUUCCUUGCGUGUAUGCAGUUCUUGCGCAACUCAGGUUGUCGCAACGUGGGAGUUAUGGUUCGUACUUUGGACUCCGUGAAAUCGAGGAGUCCUUAG